AUGUCCCCCGAUAGAUCUGUCAGCGCUUCCGUCGUCGCCUGUCGUCGCCAGGUAGAAGAUUGGCGUGAACCACAUAAGGAUAGAUUGCUCACGCAGCCACCGCGAAUGGAAGCGACCUGCAUUGUAUUCGGCACUCGCAUGGUCAGACUAUGCAUUGAGCACUCGUUGUCCUACGCUCGUUCUUGCUAUGAUGCUGGGUUCAUCGACCGCGAUCGUCUCGCCUCCUUGCCGCAGAACAACAACCUAGCGCAUAGCGAGCUGAAACCUCCGCGAGCGCUCGAUGCCACGCCUCAUCACAGCUCAAUCUCGUGCUCUGAUAUACAGCUUAUCAUGAUGGCGCUCAAAGCUGGCCACAUACGGCUUUAUGAUAUGCGGCGUCCCGUGGGCGUCGGAUUACUAUUGCACUUUGAGGGCUAG